GUGAGACACCGAACCUGCACCGAACAUAUUCAUAAUAACGUACAGCUGACUAUAAUGAGUCAUCCCACUACAUCUUGACUUUUGACUUUUGACUUGCACAUUCCUACCAUAAGCAUACACCUCACAGUCACAAACCAUGUAUUUGCGCGCGGUCCAUGCUGAAUACGACAUCCCAACCCUCCGUGCCUUCAUUCGCAACAACCCACUAGGCAUAUUCACGACAGCCAUCGAAUCCUCGUCCUAUCCAUUCAUCCAAUCCAGCCACAUUCCAUGGCUCUUAGAUGUUCAGGAUGAAACUAGCGAUACGGAACUUGGGACUUUACGCGGACAUAUGGCACGCGCGAACCCACAGGCCAAGGCUAUUAUUGAAAGUCUGACUAGGGAAGGAGCGGAGGGAUCCCAUCAGGGGAACAAUGAUACAAGGGGGACACGGCGGACACCUAAUAAAUUGGAGAAGGAUGUGAUGGUGCUGUUCAACGCCCCUGUUCAUCACUAUGUCACGCCGAAAUUUUAUAAAGAGACGAAGCCGUCUACAGGCAAAGUGGUACCUACAUGGGACUAUGCUGCCGUACAAGUCUACGGCAAAGCGACUAUCUACUUUGACCACACCAGCGCCGACGCCCCUACCACAUCUGCAUACUUGAUGCGUCAAGUUAGCGACCUCUCGCAAUAUUCGGAGACGCAGAUCAUGGGGUACGACAAUGACUCGGACAACGAUAAUGACAAGGAGAAAGAGAAAGAGAAAGCGUGGCAGGUCUCGGAUGCGCCGAGUAGUUAUGUUGAGUUGCUCUUGAAGGCGAUUAUUGGGGUGGAGAUUGAGAUUGUGAGUAUGGCGGGCAAGUUUAAGAUGAACCAGGAGUCGACGAGGGCGGAUAGGGAGGGUGUGAUUGAGGGUUUUUUGAAGAUGGGGUCGGAGGAUGCUGUGAGGAUGGCCGAAUUUGUGAAGGCGAGAGGUGAAUUGGCUGAUUCGAGGAAGAAGGUAGCUUAGUAUACCUUAGCAUAUCUGAUUGUAGUGUCAGACAGAAAUCUUAUCCUGAGGAGACUACAUAGACAUGCGAAUUUGACAGGCUAAAUUACAGU